ACGAGCCAGGCGGCCCAAACUGCUUGCACGGAACGCAAGGUGAAGCAGGACCUGCUGGGGAUUGGCCGGCUCAUACAGCCACAGCGUAUCACGCUAGGAGGUUGUCCUGCCACUGAGGAGGACACUGACGCUCAUGUGAUCACCUUUGAAUCAGAGCUGCAUGGCUGUGGCAGUGAGCUGACGAUGACUGAGGAUGUGCUGAUCUACACCUUCACUCUGUCUGAGGCAAAACCUCUUGCUAACACUUCUAUAGUGAAGACCAGUGCAGCUAUGGUUGAUAUUGAGUGCCACUACUUGAGGAAUCACGAUGUGAGCAGCAAUGUCCUGAAGCCAACCUGGAUCCCCAACAUUUCCAACAUGGUGGCAGAGGAACUCCUCUACUUCUCCCUGAGGUUAAUGACUGCUGACUGGCAGUUUGAGAGGCCCUCCAACCAUUACUAUCUUGGUGACAUCAUCAACAUGGAAGCCUCGGUCAUGCCGUACCACCACGUUCCCCUCCGUGUCUUUGUGGACCGCUGUGUCGCCACCUUGGCGCCUGAUGUCCACACUGUCCCUAGAUAUUCUUUCAUUGAGGACCAUGGGUGUCUGGUUGAUGCCACGUUGACCGGCUCCAGCUCCCAGUUCCUGUCCAGAUCCCAGGAUGACAAGAUCCCAUUUCAGCUGGAGUCCUUCAGGUUCCAACCACAGAAUGAUUCCCAACAGCUCUACAUAACAUGUCAUCUGAAAGCAGCUGCAGCGUCUUCCCCCAUUGAUGCUGAGAACAAGGCCUGCUCUUUCACUGAUGGCUGGAAGGCUGCAGGUGGGGAUGACCAGAUGUGUGGCUGCUGUGACUUCCGCUGUGCUGCGAGGAAGGUUGGAGAUCUGGACAGUGAUUCAGAUUUGCGGUGGGAAGGUAAAGCUACCCUGGGCCCGUAAUUGUCCACGAGUAAUAUUACUACUUUAACAUCUUGUUUCGGGGAGGAUGUCUGCUGGGACUAAUUCUGGAAGGUGUAGCAUUAUCACCAUUCAGAUUGGAGAAUGAUGUGUAUAUAGUGGAUUACCUGUGUCUAAAUAUAGCAACCCUACUGACUUAGCCCCAAUUUUCUGUAUUGACUAGAUGCUCACAUCUUUGGAACUUAACAUUGCAUGUGGAGAAUUAUUAGGCUGCCCAUUGGCUUAUCCUCCUGUGGCUCAAUGCAGUUUCCUCAUAAACCAGAUGUGUCAUAAUAAACAUGAAUCCACACACUCA